GAAGCACAGGUGAAUCCUCACUUUCACUUCAUAUUUCCUGGAGAGUUUACUCUCACUACGAUGACUUAUUAGUGGCGAGGCAUAUAGCGUUCAAAACAAAGACAGUGAUUGUUUUCUUCUUCUUACUUCAACUGAGCUCCUUGAGGAACAGCUUGUCUGACGGGGGACGAGAGCGUUUUAAACAGGAUGCUGCUGGAAGCUGGUAAACAGGAAGACUCAUACUAGCACCGAGGCCAGGGUGUUCUUUCAAAUGUCCAUUUAGGGCCCGAUGUUAUCAGCAUGUCACUACAGACAGGACUGUUCCAUGUCACCACAAUCAGCUAGUUUGUGGGACACCCCUCUAGAUCAAACAAUCACUGAUUCCUUUUGGAGUGGCUAGCUGGAUUAGCUUGUGGACGUCAACAGUGGCCAGAGUGAUUAGUACUAAGAGGCUAAUGGCGGGACUGAGGAAGUCUUCUUCGCAGGCAUAUCUCCAGAUAGUCCUCAUGUCAUAUGAGGAUUUCAGCCACUAGUGGAUCCUUCUAUGAUGUGAUCAGAACGUGACAGCCACCCCUCCCUCCACGCUCGCCCAGCCGGUCCUCCCCCAGGAGAGAGACAAAGACCGCAUCCAAAACUGAAAAGAAACCAUGCCAACCAUGGGGCACAGCAAGGAGAGCGAGAACUUAAAACUACUUCAAAAUAUUUCGCAACGGAGAGUGACCACAUCUGCUGUGAAAGAACGGCGCAGGGUGAGAGGCGGAGGGACCCUUAUGUGUUAGGAUGGCCAGUGAAAGCUCCUGUAUCCCCAGCCCAGUGGUGCACCAGAUCGACAAGCAGUUCCUGAUCUGCAGUAUCUGCCUGGAUCGAUACGACAACCCCAAAGUUCUGCCUUGCUUGCAUACCUUCUGUGAGAAGUGUCUGCAGAACUACAUCCCGGCCCACAGCCUGACGCUGUCGUGCCCCGUGUGUCGCCAGACGUCCAUCUUGCCGGAGAAAGGCGUGGCGGCGCUCCAGAGCAACUUCUUCAUCACCAACCUGAUGGACGUUCUGCAACGCCCCGCCGACAGCCACACCCACCAAGCGGCGGAGCUUGACACCAUCGCCUCCGUCGCCACGGGUCAACCGCUCUCUUGUCCCAACCACGGGGGGAAUGUGAUGGAGUUUUACUGCCCGCAAUGUGAGACGGCCAUGUGUCAGGAGUGUACAAGCGGCGAGCAUGGCGACCACCCCACCGUUCCCCUCAGAGACGUGGUGGAACAACACAAGGCCUCCCUGCAGGGCCAGCUUGACGCUGUCAAAAACAGGCUGCCAGAGAUUGACUCGGCCCUGCAGGUACUGUCAGAGAUAUUGCAGCAGCUGACCAAUCAGAAGAGCUCAAUCGAGGGGGACAUCCACACCACAUUUGACGAGCUGCAGAAGACCCUCAACGUCCGGAAGAGCGUCCUGCUCAUGGAACUGGAGGUCAACUACGGUCUCAAGCAAAAGGUGCUCCAAGCCCAGCUGGACACCCUGCUGCAAGGCCAGGAGGGCAUCAAAAGCAGCUGCAGGUUCACGGAGCAGGCUCUGAGCCACGGCACGGAGGCCGAGGUCCUGCUGGUGAAGAAGCAGAUGAGUGAGCGUCUCAGCGAGCUGGCCAUCCAAGACCUGCCCCUGCAGCCCGGCGAGAACCACCAGCUCGACUUCUUGGUGGAGACGGACGGCUUGAAGAAGUCCAUCCACAACCUGGGCACCAUCGUGACCACCAACGCCGUGGCGUCCGAGACGGUGGCCACGGGCGAGGGCCUGCGCCAGUGCGUGGCAGGCCUGCCCACCUCCGUCACCAUCACGACCAAGGACAAAGACGGCGAGCUGUGCAAGAUGGGCAACGCCAACAUCACGGCAGAGAUCGCCACGCCGACGGGCAGCAUCGGCGACGGCGAGAUACUGGACAACAAGAACGGGACGUACGAGUACCUGUACACUGCUGCCAAGGAGGGAAGCUUCACGCUGUCGCUGCGCCUCUACGACCAGCACAUCAGAGGCAGCCCGUUCAAGAUCAGGGCCACCAAGUCGGCGGACGUAUCGCCGACCUCUGACGGCGUGAAGAAGAGGUUGAAGUCGCCGGGGAGCGGGCAUGUGAAGCAGAAGGCCAUCAAGAGGCCAGCGAGCAUGUACAGCACGGGGAAGAGGAAAGAGAACCCCAUUGAGGACGAUCUCAUCUUCAGGAUCGGAACAAAGGGAAGAAACAAAGGAGAGUUCACAAACCUACAGGGCGUGGCCUCCUCGGCCCAGGGCAAGGUGCUGAUCGCUGACAGCAACAACCAGUGUGUCCAGAUUUUCACCAAUGACGGGCAGUUUAAGAGCCGCUUCGGCGUCAGGGGGCGGUCUCCGGGGCAACUGCAGCGGCCGACAGGCGUGGCGGUUCACCCCAACGGUGACAUCAUCAUUGCUGACUAUGAUAACAAGUGGGUCAGCAUCUUUUCCAGCGACGGCAAGUUCAAGACUAAGAUAGGCUCUGGCAAGCUGAUGGGUCCCAAAGGCGUGUCGGUGGACAGGAACGGGCACAUCAUCGUCGUGGACAACAAGGCCUGCUGUGUCUUCAUCUUCCAGCCCAACGGCAAGCUAGUCACCAAGUUUGGUAACCGUGGCAACGGCGACAGGCAGUUUGCAGGUACACUGAAUGGACCUCACUUUGCUGCGGUCAACCACAACAAUGAAAUCAUCGUGACCGACUUCCAUAACCACUCUGUGAAGGUGUUCAACACGGAGGGGGAAUUCCUGCUGAAGUUUGGCUCCAAUGGCGAGGGGAACGGCCAGUUCAAUGCUCCUACAGGAGUGGCUGUGGAUAUCAAUGGCAACAUCAUAGUAGCAGACUGGGGCAACAGUCGUAUUCAGGUGUUUGACGGCAGCGGCUCCUUCCUGUCCUACAUCAACACCUCAGCAGACCCCCUGUACGGCCCCCAGGGCCUGGCCCUCACCUCCGAUGGUCACGUGGUGGUGGCCGACUCUGGAAACCACUGCUUCAAGGUCUACCGCUACCUGCAGUAACCCUGUUCUCACCCACGCAUGUGCACACACACACGCACACACAAACUGUGGAGCAAUGGACAGAUUAGCUUCUCAUCCACUUAUCUGCUCAUCCUCCCCUAACGCCAUCGUUGGUGCCAUGCAGAAGCCUUCACUCUGACCUUUCACCUUGUGUGUCUCCAUGGCCUCUUUUCUCCUCUCCUCCUCACCUGAUCCCUCAUAGUGCAGAGGAGGAGAACUGGGCAUGUCUCAAAUUUUCAGACGUGCGCCCUUUCUUCCUCCCUACCUUGAAGUAAUCUGGAACAUGAGGGACUAGGUGCUUUUUAUUCAGCUGCUACAAACCUACUCAUGUCUGAAACAGUCCUCUGUAUGUCUCCCCUGAAAAAAGGGAAAUUGAAUAAUUGAAUGAUUAAAUAAUGGUUAACGGAGUUGAGCGUUGCGGUGUCGGGGAGAGGCGGUCCUUGUUUGUAAGUGGGAGAGAUUGUAAGUUGAUGCCUGAUUGGUGGAGGGAGGUUCUUUAUGCAAGGGACAAAGCCCCCUGCUUUAAUACAUCCCGUUGAAAAGACAGUUGUUCGGAUAGUGUAAACUGAUAGUCUGGAAUUACGUUUAAGUUGCAGCCUCUAUUACAUUUGUUAUUUAUUUUUGUGACAUAGCACAUUAUGUAAAUUAACUAGGGUAUAGUGUUAACACAGUAAUUUUAAGUAAAUGUUACUCAUAGUUUUAUCACGGACCAGUUUCAAAGGUGUAUGUUUCAGGUGAAUUUAUGGUUUUCAAGGGGUUGUAAAUUGAUACAGAAUUGGGUGGUCAAAGUUUCUCCAUGAUAAAUUAAACAAUAGUUCAAUUGUGGUCACAAUGUCAUAAUUACAUACACUAAAUCAAACACAAUACUGCACAAGCAGGGUACUUUUUAAAGCAUGGAAUUUCUAUGCAUGCAAUGUAGGCCAAUAACCUUCAGAUCACUUACACAUGACACAGAUCAACAAACAUUUGUAAAACCUUCUCCAUGACUUUAGAUGGUAAACCAUAGAAGAAGAAUGUUUGGUAUUCCAUCAAAUAUUGAUGCAACACACCUUAUAAGUUCUUUGAAAUAAGUUUCAGUUUUUUAGAGAUACUUACAUGUAUUUGAAUGCUUAAUUGAAUCCACACCAUCACAUAAAAUGAAAUAUCACAAUAAUCAACUGGUGACUUUAUGGUGAUGUUAUGUCUGCUUCUGUGGUGUAAGAACAGCUUCAGUUCUAGAAACAUCUUCAGUUCUACAAAAACACAGUUGGUCAACACAAUUUGAGUGAGUGGGCGGGAGGUAGACUUAAUGACAACAAGACAAGGGAGACAACUGAUGUACUGUAGUAUUUUGUUACAAACCUUACUAAAUUCAAGAAAAUGGAAAGCCACUUACUGAACAUGCAAAAUAUUGGCCUCUUGUUUAUUUGGUAGUUUUAUUAUUUAUUGUUUCUCAAUGCCCUUGACUUAUCUAGAUGUUUAUUUCGACGUAUAAUUUGAUGACAAGUUCAGCAAUUUUGUACGUUAAAAUUGUUAUUAAUUUAAAACUUUAACCCUCCUCCCCCUCUAGUUCAUGGUUCUAUUUGUGAUGCCAAAUGAAAAUUAAGUGCCCACAUGUCUGUUGUGUUUGUGUUAAGAUCUCAGAUAAACAACAAAUGUGAUGCAACUUGAACAUUUUGUAAUUAAACCGUUUUAGUGACAUUGAUUUAGACUGUGCUGUUCCAACGGAGUUCAAACCACUUUAGAAAUGUGUUCUACUGUAUAAUGAUGCUCUUAGUGUUGUAUGAGUGCACAUGUUGUGUAGGUUAGUGACAGGCUUCCUUCCUCAGACCUUCUAGAACAACAGUCAGUAAAGUUGUGUGAUGUCAGCUAUCGCAGUUUGGAUAUGUUCACAUAUCUCAACCAAACCAGUUUUGUGGGAUAUUGUGGUGUAAAACCCUCUCUCACUCACACGGUAAACCAUUCCAUCAAUGUUUAUUGGCCCUUUUGUGUACAGCACUAGAAAUAAAGGAUUGCUUCUUUGA